AUGUGUCGCGGCGGUUCCUCGCUUAGGGGCAAACCCAACAGCCCCAAGGUCUCGGCCCCACUCCCGGUCAAUUUACCAAGCAGAAGGCAGGAGAAGGGCGGAUACGAUGUCUCCUUGGUCGCGUCAGGCUCGAACUGGGGAUCACCUUCAACGCCAUCGUCCGCUGUCCUAGGCACAUCAUCUUCAUCAUCGGCAGCCACCUCACCAGCGACAGGAGCCGGGGCAGGGCCCAUGUUGGAAAACACUAGCAACAACUUGUCUUCAGGCGCUGCGGGUACAUCAUCAGCAACAGGACACGGAGGUAGUGAUUCACCUCAAUUGGACCCACCAUCAACAUCAGCCGCAGGAUCAUCCCCGUUCCAGAAGCCAGCCCCACGCGCUUGGGGUGUGGUGGCCCACACUCAGGAACACCAUCUCGACGAAUACCCUACAGCCGCAGAGGCAGCAAAAAAGACACUGGAGCAGCAUGAACUCCAUCAGACCAAUGGACAGGCACAUCACAACAGUGCACACUCGGUAAAGCGGACCACUAUCCCGAGUAACACAAAUUCUGGCGAACCAAUGGCAAAAACCGUAUCGACGUUGUCAGCAGGGGCUGACAAUUGGGACGAGGCUGACGAAGAUGAGAGCGUUGAUUUCCUUAACGCAGAGGCUAUUGAGUUUGCUGACGGUUCCGUCAUUGUGGCAGCAGCAGUGGCACAAACUGCGGAUAGUCAGAAAGAUGGAGAGGUACCGCAAGCAACAUCUCCGAGUAAUCACCGUGAGGAACGCGUUGUCGACAGAGUAGACGUCGAUUUCAACCGGUCAUGGCCAAGUCGCCCACAGCCCAAUGCUGGACCGUCACUCUACCAACCAGGCCCAGAGCCAUCAUCACGAUUCGGAGGACCCCAGGACCGCUCGAGCCACUCACUCUGGCAAGAAGGGCCAAAUGACCGUGACCGUCGUCCCUCUGCAGACCGGAACGCAAGCCAUUACUCAGUACAGCGGCGGGAGUCAUUUGGAAACCGCGAUCAUCAUCAAGGACCCCCUCGCCGUGAUUCGGUCGGGCCAAAGGAUUCAUUUUCUGGUCCCCGCCGGGACUCUGGCAAUUAUCGAGAGCCGCCUUAUGAUCGCAGGGAUUCGUUCAGCAGGUCUGGAAGCUACACCCGAGACCGUGAGCCCUAUCACCAUCGAGACAACGACUAUAGCCUGGACAGGAGACCCAGCCAUGACCGGCCCCCAUAUACCUCUGAUCGCUUCCCUGACAGGCAUCAGCGGGACUUUCAGCUUCUGACGCGACCCAAAGAGGCACUGAAUGAUCGAAUGGGACCGCAUGACCCACACCCGAAUGAAUAUCAUCCACAUUCUGGUCCUCGCAGUCCUUACGAUUCUAUCCAUCCCAGAGAUCACGAUAACCGAGGACCCGGUCAUGCACAUAUGGAUCUUCCGGAAGUGACGGAAUACGACCGACCUGCCAACGUAACCGAGGAUCAGCGCGAGACGAUGAAACAGGCGGCAGAGGAGGCUCGCAAGAGACGCGAGGAGCAGGAAAGAAAGUAUCAGGAGUCUCAGGCCAGGGCACGGGCCAGAGCCGAAGAGAUGGCCAGAGUUGUAGAGGAAAAGCUGGUCAAGGCAAGAGAGGAAGAAGCUGCAAAGGAAUUGGAGCGCCUGGCAAAGCAAAAGGUAGUGGAAGCGGACGAGACCGCAGAGCAGAGCAAGGAGGAUGACAAGAGUGCUGCCACGGUGACAGCUGCCACGGCGACAGCCACCAUCGUGCCAGAGACAGUACGAGAAUUCGGCAAUCCACGGGACCGACCUCAUUUGAAGACCAUGACCGAGGGGGAAAAGAGAGAGGCUAUGAACCAGUGGAAGGCGUUGCCGGAUCGGCUGGUCAAGGAAGAAGAUGAGCGCAUCACACGCAUCCGGAAAGCACGUCUACAGAAGGCCGAGGAGGAGAAGAAGGCAUUGGAGGCAUCGUCGAUGCCUGCGACUGGCGCCUCAUCGACGGGCGGACCAUGGAGACGCUCAGGAAAUGCGGUCGUUGGAAGGAGUGCUUCUGAUACGCCGAUAAAAGUAGAUGCGAAGAAGCCUGGUACUGAUGGUGUUCAUAUUAGUUCACAGGAGGCUCGUGUGGAACAGGUCGACAAGAUCAUGCAUAGGAUCGAAGAGACACUGCAUCCCCGCGGUAACACGACCCAGCCCGCGGAGAGCGCCGCCAAGAAUGUCCCCGACAACAAGGAUACGGUCGAACAUGCUGCCCCUGCACCUGAACGCCCAGAUAUCACGCCUGUAGUCUCCUCAGAGAAUACUGCAGAGGACGCUGCCAAAUUCCUGCCGCCCAAAGAACGGACGCAACGCAAUGGAAAGAACGGCCGCAUGGAGAAGAAUCAAGCCGAAUCUGUACUGUCAUGGCGCAAAGAAGAGCCCACACCUGUAUCGACAGAAGCCACAGCGCCAGCAGCCGUGCACGAGUCGAGAGAUUCUACAAACAAGAACGAGACAUCAAACAAACCUGAAGGUCGUGUCGCGGGUGGCAGGAUCUCAAGAGCGGCGGCGGCGGCAAUUGGCAGGGACAACUAUCCAGCCAAGCUUGACGGUGUCAAUGGCGUGGCCAAGGUCUCUGACGUUUCCAAGAUCCAUGCUCGUCUUUCCCAGCAAGCAGCCGGCGAUGUGAAUGUGAGGCCAGCAGCGGAAUACGAGCACGAGGACAAGGCCAAGGCCACCCCAGGAUCGCACCUCAGGCCCGAUCUGAAAGCCAAGCGGAACUCGCUGUUGAACUCAACUACAGCAACCAUAUUUCCCAGUGAUGUCGAGAAGGCUGCCAAGAACCGCGGUAGAAUGAGUUUUAUGGUCGACAGUGAGAUCGAUAGCCCUUCGAGCGAUGCAGUGAGCCAGGAAGCCACAAUUCAGGAUGUGCAGCCUGUCAUGGUAACGGCCCAAUCUGGGGAGAGCACUAUUGUUCCAGUACAGCCAUCUCCAAACAAUGAUGUCCUCGCGAAUGACAAUGCGAAGAAAGCUUGGGACUCUACGUUGACAUCGGAGGCACCAACUGCUUCGAAUGCCACACAAGGCAUGCCGAUGGGACCCAGUGCCAUGGCGCCGUUUCCAAUGAUGAUGCCUUUCUACCCCCAGGGCUUCCCCGUCAACGCACCACCUCACAUGUACUAUAUGUACCCGCCCCGCGGACCGAUGCCUCCGCCUAUUGCGCAGUUUCCAGGUGGUGUUGUCCACCCACAUGGAUCUGUGGGUGUUUCCUCAAGGGAUGGUACCGCUGGAUCUGCACCUUCUGCGGGGUCGUCAGAUCUUGCGAGCGGGAUUGUGUUAGUGGAGACCAAGGCGGAAGACACAAACGUGAAUGCCACAAGCAACAGCGCGUCAUUCGCCCUUUCACACCCCUGGCUACCUCGAUUCUCUGCAGCUGGCGAUGCGCCUUCUCAAUCAGCAGGCUUGCCGGCUAUUACACCCUUCAUGGUGCCUGUCCCAGCCUCACAGCAGGCCAGCAUGCUUGCUGCUGCCAAUGCGAACCGUGUACCUCAACCUCGGCCAUACGGCCAGCAUCAGCAACAUUAUCCCCGGCUACAGACCUCAGGACCAGCCUCGCUUGAGACCAGUUUCCAGGAAGGAGCCGCCUCUUCGUUGUCAAAAUCGUCAACGGACGGAUGGAGCGCCACUACCACGAUUGUCUCGGCCAGUACAGAAACGACAGGUCCCUCCAACAGCGGCAGUCGCGGUCAUGCUCAAGGAUCACCAGGGCCGCCUUCCAAUUGGGUUUCUGGAAACGGACGAAUGAAUACCAAUGGCCAUGCAGGGGCUGUGGGAUCAUAUGCAGGCUAUCAGCAAGCACCUCCAUCGCAGUACGGCCAUGGGAACUCGAACCAUCGUGGUCGGGGAGGUUUUAACGGAGGAUAUGGGCAUCAUCGCGAGUUCCGCCCUCGUGGAGGGUAUAGCGGCAACCACUCCAACCAGAGCCAUCACCAUGAUUACAAUGGGGCAAACGGCCAGGCGCAUACAUCAUACUCUUAUGGGCAGCAGGGCGCAGCUGGAGCGCAACAACAGGGACUGGCCCCUUCUGCCUCGGCCGCAACGGGCACAGUCGACUACCCCCAUCAAUCUCAGGUCCAUGGCAGAGCUGUGAGCCAAGAAGGCAGUAACUCCUUCGGACCUUCAUAUUCGCACAGGUCAUCGCAUGGUACAACUGCUGCUGCGACCUCGAGCGGAGCUAUUCAAUAUUAA